AUGGUUCAAUACCCAAAGGGAUUUGUAUCGCCAACCUUCAAGAUAUUUGAUGGAACAGGAAACCCCCGACAGCAUGUUGCACACUUCCGGGUGUUGCUUUUUGAUUGGUACGUUGAUUUGCCUACUGGCUCAAUUAAGACUUUCGCAGAACUAGAAGACUUAUUUAUCAAGAGAUUUGCUGGAGCUCAGCACCAUAUCACCAUCGGUGAUCUUGUGGUCAAGCAACAGAAACCAAAUGAGACAUUAGUCGAUUACAUUCUGCGAUGGAGGAACUUAAGCAUGAAAACAUUUGAAAAGUUGCUAAGCAAAGCUGCAGGUCUGCAGGAAGAGGUUAAUCAAUUUGGAUUUAUGGAAAAGAAUGAGAAGUCAAAGCCGAUGAAGACAUUUGAAAAGAAAACUGGGACAGUGGCGACAGCGGAUAGAGGUAAACAAACAAUUCAAAUUAAAGUUGAACAACCUCAACAAAGUUACCAACGUCCGCAGCACAAUAAUCAACAACAUUCCCAGCAAAAUCAACAAAUUAAUCAGCAUUAUGGUCAGCGACAGUUUCAGCAGAAAUCCUACAGCCCAGAUAUGGGACAGGGUCCGACUAUGAUGAAUCGAUUGAGCAGAGUCUACUCCUUCAAAGAUGAGGCGGUGGGGAAGAUGUUCAGAAAUUUAAUCAAGAGACCUGAGUUCAGGUUGCCAGAGCCGAAGAAACCAGAUGAGGUUGAUAAGAAGGAUCAGCCUAGAUAUUGCCCUUAUCAUAGAAUGCUUGGUCACACCAUAAAGGGUUGUAUCAGUUUUAAAGAGUGA